AUGGAAGAGUCUCAACCAGCGAAACGGCGAAAGCUUCUCCCGCGCCAACCUUCAACCAGCACUACGCAGGCGGCCCCAUUCACCCAUGAAUUGCCUCAGCAGCAUCCGGUCCAGGAGGCCCCUCCAGCCGAACGACAUGACUUCGAAUCCUUCGCGAGGCACCUACAAGAUGCCGCCAUGUUGAUACAACGCCAGACGGAGCGUUCUCCCUACGACAAUGUAUCCGUUCUCCUCCUACGGUGGGAAGAGGACACCUCUGUCGAAGCCGACCUAACAGCUAUGGAAAACAUCCUUCGGUCUGUAUACAAUUUUCGGACCGACCGAUGGGCCAUCCCAACUGUGCCCAACCCCAGCAUCAAGCUUGGUGUUCAGAUGGCUUCCUUUCUCGACCAAGCCAGGGCCAACCACUUGCUCAUCAUCUAUUACGCCGGCCAUGGUUACGUUGGAUCCGACAACCAACUCUACUGGGCUUGCAAUACCCGGGAAGAUGCUGCAAAGCUCAAGUGGGACGGUGUACGUUGCUUGUUCGAAGAUGCCCAGUCCGACAUACUCUUGCUGCUCGACACCUGCUCGGUUCGGGAUGUACCCGUCUCUGGAAGCCAUGGCACCAAGCAAGCCAUUGCAGCGUGUGGCCCUGAACAGACCCCCCGAGAAACUGCAGGCAAAUCCUUCACCUACCACUUGAUCGAGGCGCUACACAAACUGAGCACGGCGGGGAGGCCCUUCAGUGUACCGAGGUUACACGAAGAGGUCGUACAGCUGAGGCAACAGGAAAGCGGCCAGGCAACCAAGCUCAUGAACGGUUCAAGCAAAACUCCACCUCCGCCGCCCCAAAUUCCCAUAUGUUUCACUCUCACGCCCGGCAAGGGACAAAGUCUGAACUUGGCCCCAUUGCCUGCCCGGUCACUUCAACAGCAGUCGCCGCGGAACGGUGCUUCUGAUGCGGACGGCCAAACAAGGACAACGCGGGAGGACCAGCUCAUCGACCCUGAAUCGGUCACUGACUUGCGCUUUGACGAAGCGAGAGUGCUUGUGUGCACGACAUUCGUCGGGGAUGCCAGCCCAGACAUGUCCUUCUUCAAUAGCUGGCUACACAACACACCGCCCCUCGCCGACAAGAUUGAAGUCGAGGGAAUGUUCCUCGGCCCUCCAACCAUGCUUCUGAUAUCAAUGCCUCACUCCAUCUGGAACGUCGUACAGCACGACAAGGUCUGCUGUUUCCUAGGAUACAUCACAUCGCAUAACAUGAUCCAAUUGUAUCAGAAGCUAAAGGGUUCCUCGGGCAUCCCCAAAGCCACGGCAAAGGAGGUCGAGGACGGUCGAAUCUUGUUGGAGGCGCGGGAACUAGCAGCAAGCACGCCGGUUUUGCAUCGACGUUCGUUGGACAGCAAAGACGCCUCCUACCCUGAGGCGGCCAGCCGCGUAGACACCACUCCUUCCGGCGUGUCGUUCGCAGCUGCCGCUGUCGCGGCCACAGCAGUGGACGGUAAAGAUGACGUCGAGGAUUCGGCCGAGAUGCAGGAAGCGGCGGAACAGCUAAAGGCAUUAAGCCAUGUGCGCCAUCUGAGCGACGAGGCCGCGCCGACCGUAGAACGGCAACGUACAACCCUCCCUGAUGGUGCGAUGCCCACCAACCACGAAGACACGGGAUCCUCCCAUGACGCGAACGAAUCGGGUGCGGAUGACACGAUGCAUUCCGUCGACAUGAGCACGCCCAACGCAAGAAGCAAACAGCGGCGAUCCCUACAAAAAGCGACACCUAAGCAAGAGACGAGAUGCACGCUAUGUAGCCACGCUCCCUUCAAGGACUCGUCGUCGUUGCGCAAGCACAUUGCUGCCGCGCACACCAGGCCGUUCCCAUGCGCGUUUUCUUUUGCGGGAUGCACCAGCACAUUCGGGUCGAAGAACGAAUGGAAACGACAUAUUGCCUCUCAACAUCUAUGUCUGCAGUAUUAUCGAUGUUCGUCUUGCCCACAGAGCACCGUUGAAGGCAAGGGAAACGAGUUCAACCGGAAGGAUCUCUUCACCCAGCAUCUGCGCCGCAUGCACGCGCCGUUCGCCAUCAAGAAAGCCAUUGCCAAGGGGGACAGCAAAUUGCAAGUGGAGUGGGAGGGGCAUGUGAAGGAGAUGCAAACGACAUGUCUUGUCACGCGACGGUCACCGCCUCAAAAGUCGGCUUGCCCAAAACCGGAUUGCCAAAGUGUAUUCGAGGGUCCUGGCUCCUGGGACGAGUGGACGGAACACGUUGGUAGGCAUAUGGAGAAAGGUGAGGGCCAGCGACUCGGGGUUGAUCGACUGUUGGCGAAGUGGGCUCUCGACGAAGGUAUCAUUGAGCGAAAGGGAGAUGGCGAAUAUCGCCUCUGUGCCGGCAAUGGCCCCGGCCCUGUCCCCGGCGGCGUUGGCGGCGGCGGCGGCGGCAUUGCAGUCAGCGGCGACGGGAGAGAAUCUAUCUCGGUGUUGUACCCAGAGCCGAAGCAAGAAGUCGAGGCAGGAGUCGAAGCAGAAGUUGAAGCAGAAGUCGAAGCAGAUACCACCGAGGACAAGAUGGAAGUGGAUAGCUAG